GGCGGUUACACACACAUUUCAUUUUCAGGGAUCUGGAAAAGUCACUGACAUGCAUACACGGAUACAGUCGACUCUGCAUGAAUCUGCAGCAACGCAAGCACUUCAGAAAGCUCUUCCACGGCACCGCAUCAAUGGCGAACGACCUCUGCAGGAACGGCACCUACCAGGAGGAGUUCUUGUCGCACGCCCCUUGCAUGCAGAGGGUCGCGGGCGAUACGGAGGUCUGUUUCAGCAGGUACUCUGCUGCCAUGACCGAAAUUCAAGCAGCUACGAACAAGCAACAAGAACUCGAGGAGGCGGCGCAGCGUAACCGCUACCAUCAUCACCACCACCAUCACCACCAUCACAGGAACAAGACGGACGCGGAAACCGCCUACAAGUAUCAGAAGGCGAAAAGGGAGCCGGCGGACGACGGACUAAAAAGCGUGUGCUGCUCGUUCCAAGAGUACCUUAAUUGUUAUACGCAAACAAUUAGGAGGUCCUGCGGUGAAGACGCAGCCUUAUUUAGUAGAAGAUUUCUGGAUCAAAUGGCCUCAUCCAUGAUUAAGAUGCAUUGUAUGGACUUCAGCGCGGAAGAUUGCAGACAAAAAGGAUUUCACAUAGAAGGCUUUCACACGGAAGGCCUUUCAUAUCCUUACAACGCAUCACAGAAGCUAUCAUCGAGUAUUAGAGCACUUUUAGUUGUAGUCACAUUAGCGCUCUUUAACAGGUGAACUACCCCUAAUACAUUAGCUUAAAAACAAAUACUUGUGAUUCCGCCAGAAUGUGUAAAUAUUGCACCUCAUUGUUAUAAAAGGGAAAGUUAAAAAAUAUUUUUCUUAAAAAAAAACUAUUUUAAACAAAUUUGGUCAACUAUCAAAGAAGUAAGACUGAAUUUUUGAGGUUACCGAAAAUAAUGUGAUAUUGAUUUUCUUUGUUUAUUAAAUGGGGUGCGUUUGAGGAGAAAGUUUCUACUUUAUUAGGCUAGCUGUAGAUGUUCUAAGUGUAAUUUAUAACAAAGUUAGGAAGUGAGCACUAUUAAUGUAACUCUCACCAUGAGCAUGACAAAUCCUAUACUGUUAGUGAAAUAGUGCACCGUUUAGUGAUCUUUGUGUGUUAGAUUUCAGUAUUUUUUGAAUAAAGUUUGAGUAGGUAUUUAUUGCAUAUUCCGCUGGAUGGAUGAUUGUUAAAAUUUGUACCGUAAGAGUAUUUUUUAAUUUAUGUAAAUGAAAUAUUUUUUACAGUUCUAGUCUAAUGCAGCAGCAUGUAAGGAUUAGACGAAUUGUUGCUAAAUGUAAAUUGUAAAUGCAGUUUUAUUUGUGAAGUACCGUCCAGAGUUCUCAAUUCAUCUAUUGGCAUAUUGUUAAUUAACCAUAUCAUUUUAAUAUAGAUGGUUUAUUGUAUAUAUGCUAAAUUUUAGAGAUUGCGUAAUAAAUUUCAGUAA